AUGGCUUCUUGUUGCCAUGUCACGUCUGAAGGGCUGAGGAUUCCAGCUUCGUCGCAGGUUGUAUAUCGGGAAGACUGUACACAGUGUUUCGACUCAAUAGAUGAGGAACAUGGUCUUAAUGUUUGCUUAACAUGUUUCAAUGGAGGCUGCGCUGGUGAUAGAAAUCAUGCCUUUCUCCACUAUGAACGUUGCAGUCACCCUCUAGCGCUCAAUAUUAAAAGAUCACGUAAAAACGUCCAGAGGGAUGAGCCACCACAGAAGAUUUCGAAGCUUGCAAUCGCCGCUGAAACCGAUGAGGACCGUUAUGUCACGAAAACACGUGUUGUCUGUUAUCCUUGCUGUCAGAAUGAUCUCGAUGCAUCCAGAGGUAGGCUGCCAGCUGUAAUUGACGGCGUGAUGAAAGCGAUGACCUUCUCCAAAAGAGAGGAAGUCAAGGCCUGGGAGCAGGAGUUCAUCCCCUGCGAGCAUACCAUAAAUCUAAUCCAGGGAGCGUCAAGACAGAUUGAAUCUAAGGAGCUAGUCCAGUGUUCCAUGUGUAACCUGAAAGAGAACCUCUGGCUAUGUCUAGAAUGCGGCAACCUUGGCUGCGGUCGCAGUCAGUUUGGCGGAGUUGGAGGAAACUCGCAUGCACUUGCGCAUUCUGACAUAAAAUCGCAUGCCGUUGCAGUGAAGCUGGGUUCUAUAACUGCAGAUGGCUCGGCAGACGUGUACUGCUAUAGAUGCAACGAAGAAAGGACCGAUCCUAACCUGGCUACUCAUCUUGCUAAUUGGGGCAUCAAUCUAGCGGGCCGUGAGAAGACAGAGAAAAGCCUUAUGGAGAUGCAGGUUGAGCAAAAUAUGAGAUGGGAAUUUUCGAUGACUUCUGAGGACGGCCAUGAACUUACACCGGUGUUUGGGCCAGGAUUAACCGGCUUGACUAACUUAGGAAACAGUUGUUAUCUCUCAAGUGUUGUCCAAUGCCUUUUCGCCUUGCCUGAGUUCCAAAAACGAUAUUACCAUCCUAACAGCGAGCCGCCGCACACGCAAAGGCCAGCGGAGGACCUUGAAACCCAACUGCGGAAGCUGGCCGACGGCAUCCUCUCUGGCAGAUACUCCAGACCCGAUAGCGAUGUCAGGUCUUCCCCUGAUUCAGCUGAAGUUCCUCAUCAAAAGGGCUUAGCACCCGCCAUGUUCAAGCAUCUCGUUGGCCGUAAUCAUGAAGAAUUCUCUACGAUGAGACAACAGGAUGCGUUCGAGUUCAUGCUUCACCUCUUCAAGCAGAUAAACUUGUCCAAGCAUCCCGGAGGAUUAGAUAACCCAAUCACCUCGUUCGGCUUCUCUAUGCAACAGCGUCUCCAAUGUUUGCAGUGCAAGAAGGUUCGUUACAGGGCUGACGCACAAGAUAACAUUUCGAUCCCUGUUCCCGCUCGUCGGCUCCCCGAUGCAAAUGCUUCUGGCUCCACAAACGAGUAUGAGAGUGUCACUCUAGCAGAAUGUCUGGAUGCUUUUACAGCCGAGGAAGUUGUUGAAUUCAGCUGCCCGUCCUGCGGUUCCACGGAGGGGUUCAAUAAGCAAUCUUCAUUCAAAACCCUACCGCAGAAACUGGUUAUUAAUGCGCGGAGGUUCGAACUGAUAAAUUGGGUACCCACAAAGUUGAAUAUUCCGGUAGAAGUUGAUGAGGAGCCAAUAGACUUUGGUACUUACCUUUCCUCCGGGCCCAAUCCAGAUGAGGAGCUUCUCCCUGACAUUCAGGAACCUGAAAAUACGUUUAAGCCCAAUGAAAUUGCGAUGGAACAGCUUGUCGGCAUGGGUUUUCCGAAUACAAGGUGCGAAAGGGCGCUUUAUGUGACCGGCAACUCGGAUGUUGAGGCUGCUAUGAACUGGCUCUUUGCUCACAUGGAAGACCCUGAUAUCGACGAGCCGCUCGAUAAGGUGGUUACCAGCACCUCAGGGAGCCAGCAAGACCCAGCUAAGGUUGCGCAGUUGACUGAAAUGGGCAUAAAUUCUGGUCAUGCUAGGAGGGCAUUGGCAGCGACGGAGGGGGAUCUCAACAGGGCAAUUGAUUGGGUGUUCACCCAUCCGGAGGAUUCAAUGGACAUCGGUUCAGACUCUGACAUCCCUGAAUCCAGUGAUAUACAUCUAGACUCUGAUGCCACGCCAGCAAAAUACCAAUUGCAAUCAAUAGUGUGCCACAAAGGCUCAUCUGUGCAUGCUGGGCACUAUGUCGCAAUUGUGCGUAAGGCCGUGCCAGGAAGUAAUGGUACUCGGUGGGUCAUGUUCAAUGAUGAGAAGGUUGUUCAGGUGGAUGACAUACAAGAGAUGAAGAAGUUCGCAUAUAUUUACGUAUUCUCUCGGACCUAA